AAUCUAAUUUGUAAUUGACCGUUGAAAAGCACGCGAUAGAUUUUUUUGUUGGUCGUUUAAUUAAUUGAAGUAGUGAGCAAAAAAUGGCAAUGGAAGUGAUUUCAAAACUGGUGUUUUACGUGUGUCAUGUUGUGAAAGGAUUAUUCGAAAUUGCUGUUGGAAAAGAAGAAUUCAUUUACGAUGAUAAAGGCAACAUUAUCUCAAAAUUACCAUCGAAGCGCAAGCAAGUUUUGGUGUUUGCCAGAAAUUUUCUCAAGGAACCGGUGAUGUUGGGCUCCGCCUUCCCAAGCUCUCAAUUUACAACCGAUAAAUUGUUGGCGCCGAUUGAUUUUAAAAAUGCCACCUUAAUCGUUGAAUACGGUGCUGGUGUUGGUAAUAUUUCCAUUGAAAUUCUUCGGCGAAUGCGUAAAGAUGCGAAAUUGUUGGUUUUUGAAAUCAACGAAGAUUUGAUUGAAUUCUUGAAAAGCGAAUACCAUGACGACCGUUUUAUUGCAACCGAUCGUUCAGCGGCCGACGUCGAGGAUGUGCUGCGUGAACACAAUUUGGGACAACCGGACUAUGUCAUUUCGGGCAUUCCAUUCUCAACAAUGCCAAAAGAAAUCGCCAAAAAUAUCAUGAAAGCAACGAAAUCGAUUUUAAAACCCGGCGGCAAAUUUUUAGUCUAUCAAUUCAGAAAUAAAGUUCUCACAUUUUUAACACCAUAUUUUAAACACAUCGAUCGUAAUUAUGAAAUUGUUAAUGUACCACCGAUGAAACUAUUUUUUGCUUAUAAUUAGGUCAAAGGACGGAACUUUGACUUUAUUGUAGUUAUCGUUUAAAUAAGCUAAAUAAAUCGAAUCGCCUGUUUUGUUUAA